CUUCAGCUUCAUGCCUCACAACACCAUACCUUCUUUACAAAAUAAAUCUAUCUCCCAGCAACGAGCUGGCCAAACGGCACAUUCUCCACAGCCAUGAUCUAAUCUAUCAUCAACACAGCAAAGCACAUCAAUAUGUCCGUCGGAUGCGGCGUAAGCUACGAGAAAUGAUCCAACCACAUCGACAACCUCCCACAGCACACACUUCGAUGGGCUACAACGCGAUCUUGUCGACAAUAUCGACAGCAGAAAGCUGGAAAUUUAAAUCGCCAAAGUAAAUCCGUUGCACGGCUGGUGUAUACGAGCGGAAAUGGACAACAUGGACGGGGCGGGUGGACAGCUGUCAUCGGACGCUCCUACAAUAACAAUGCCACACCGAGAUACAGAGGAAGUCGAAUCAAUAACACCACGAAGUGAGGAGCGACAGCUGGAAAUAAAAUUACGGCAGAAAAAGCGCCUGGAAUUUCUUGACGACCUGCUCCGCAAUUUCGACAUUGCAAUAUACUGCGAGCUUUCGAUUGUGUAUUACCUUGACUGUUCAUUCCUCCGCUUCUUUCUCCGCGCAUUCACUCAAUUCUUCUACCUUACGCCCAAACCAGCUAUAUUCCCAGAAGCGCCCAAGAACCGGCCCUAUGUCGGCGCCAUUCUCACGACAAAUAUACUGUGCAUGGUAUUACAUAUUCUGCUCACGCCUCCCGAGGCCGGCGAAGCCGCACGCGGCUACUUACACGGGGGACUUAUCAUCGAUUUCAUCGGACAGCUUGGUCCCUCGUCCAAGGUAGCACUUGUAUUACUCGAUUGUUUAAUACUUCUUUUACAACUGUUCAUGCUCUCAACUUUUGCCGAACAACAGCAUUUCAAAGACUCCUCCUCGUCUUCUUCAUCCUCGUCACCCUCCAGAAUCACCACUACUUCGUCACCUACCCACCGACAGAGGACACGACUUCACCAAACUCUUGACGCCGAAGAACGCGGUCUAUCAGCUUCCGAUAUCGAGAUGCAAGCCUUAAGCGCACAUUCAUCCUCAUCUUCUUCUCCUUCUUCCUCAUCACCAUCACCACCAGCAGCAGGCACGUCUUCUUCGCAAGCACAACACCACCCUGAAACAUCGUCAUCCUCAGCAGGCCGAACAGGCGGCGACCAAGACGGCGAGCGGGACGAAUUAUUAGCCGAGCCUUCUCCCGACGCAGGCACUUCUUCAUCCUGGGACGCAUACACUUCUGGCGAAGCGGUCAUUGCAGAUUUAUAUUUACUCGACACGAUGCGCAAUCCAUGGCGGGCCUUUGAGGGCCAGGAACAAGGCGAAGCAGCUGUUUCUUCUUCGUCUGACUCGCCCUCUUCUUCCUUCCCGGCAUUCAACGCAGGCGGUGUCCGAGGCUUGAGUUUCGCCGAGCGAUUAGCCCGUGCAAGACAGCAGCGAACACGCUUGGGUAUUCGAGUCCGGCUUGCGGGCAGGGAUAUAGCUACAUUAUAGCUUACACCUCUGUGUCGUGUACGUUUCUGCUUGAUUGUUCUUUCUCCUUUGGCCACCCUGUUACCUUUUGGCUGCCUUUUUAUCUCUUGACCGCCGUUUUAUCCUUUAGUUACCUUUAGCUUUUGGCCAUCUUAUAUUUUGGCCACUCAUGCCUUGUAUCCUUGAUCAGCCCAUUCUGAUCAUUUGAGAGACUUUGUAUUUGUCUCUACAAGCAAAAUCACGAUUCACUCUAUCUGAGCGUAUUCCAGCGCCAAUUUUCUCCCUCCCAUUCUCUUCCCUACCGUGUCUACAUUCACGCGUCCUACACCUUUUCAGUUCUCUCCCUCUCCCUCUCCUCUUCUCACCUUCCUACCCUACCUAGGUAUAUACAUAUAAAAGAAUCCGACCACGAGUUUGAGGAC